AUGGGUUGUCUCCCGGAGAUUGCUUCGCGAGUUGGUCACCAUGAUCACCGCAAGCCCCGCGGCGAUGCCAAGAAUGACGACCAGUUGGGGAUUCUCGCCUUCGAAGCCGCCAAAACCAUGUCGCGUUUACUCUCCCUCUACAAAUCCCUCUCCGACCACCACCUCGUCGUGCUCAGGAAGGAAAUGAAGUCCCAGGGGGUGGCGUUCUUGAACUCCGACGACGAUAAUUUGCUUUUCAGCCUCGCCUGCGCCGAGCGCCUGGAGGAUCUCGACAAGACCACCGCCGCCGUGGCGCGGCUCAGCCACCGCUGCAAGGAUUAUGAGCUCAACCGCUUCGACCUCGUUUACACCGACCUUAAACUCGGGAUCGUUGAUUUUGGUCGGUUAGAAUACGGGUCCAAGGACACCCAGAAGAAGGUGGAGAAGAUGGAGAAAUUGGUUUCCGCGACGGCGGAGUUAUACGUCGCGCUGGAAGUUCAGUCGGAGAUUGAGAUUUGCGAGAGGAAAACGAAGCAAUGGAAGGGAAGGGCAAAUUUGGAAAUGUUCGCCCAACGGGUUAAGUACCAACGCAAGCUUGUUAAUCAUUAUAAAGAUACUUCGUUGUGGACAAAAACGUUUGAUAACUGCGUCGGGCUCAUGGCCCGACUCGUAUGCAUCCUCUACGCCCGGAUAUGUUCAGUCUUCGGGCCGUUCUUUCCCAUUUUGCCCUCCUUCCCCUUGCGCAAAACUCCCCCUCCGGACAGGGAUAUUCUGCUUGUCCAGCCCGAUUAUUGCUUUAUUGAACCUAAAAACGGAAAAAUCACUUCGCAUUCCGGCCCGCUCUCGUCCAAGGCGGAACCCAUUUCCGUCCGAUUCUACAGCCAAAAAUCGGUCUUUGUCUUUCGGGGAGAAAACCCGUUCGGAGAGUCGUCUAAGAAAGACAAAAUUCUCCACGCCGCUGGGCCAACAACUGUGGGCGGGUCGGGCUUAGCAUUACGGUACGCAAACGUGAUCCUAUCCGUAGAAAAGUACUUAGACCCGACAAUAUCAAUGGACGAAGAUUUCCGCGCAUCGCUCUACCAAAUGUUGCCGGAGAAUCUGAAAUCCUCGGUGAAAUCGAAGCUAAGAAAGAGCAUGAGGUGCCGCGACGAUGACUCGUCGCUGGCGAUGUGGUGGAGGGAGGCGCUAUGCCACAUCAUGGGGUGGCUGGCGCCGAUGGCGCACAACACCAUUACGUGGCAGAUGGAGAGGAAAUUCGAGAAGAUUAAAUUCGACACGAAACCGACAAUUUUGUCGUGGCAGACACUGCAUUUUUCGGACAAGGAAAAAACCGAAGCCGCCAUUGCAGAGGUUUUGGUUGGGUUGAGUUACAUUUGUAGGUACGAGAAAUGCUAA